UGUGAGUGACAGAGGCCAGGGUUGCCAUCACAUCACGGUGCAGGCUUGUUUUUGACGAGUCAUUUUGGUCGCCCCGCAGAAAACGCAAACUAAUAAAACGAAACUCACUGCUGAACGGAGACAAUGCCGUACAACAUGGACGUACUGAUGCCGGAGAAGGAUGAGCUCUCCGACUUGAAGCCGAAAGAUGCGCACAGUUCCCUGGACGAACUGGACAUGGAGGAUCUCUAUGUGCGCUACAAGAAACUGCAAAAGACCCUCGAGUUCAUUGAGGUGCAGGAGGAGUACAUCAAGGAUGAGCAGCGGAACCUGAAGAAGGAGUACCUGCACGCCCAGGAGGAGGUGAAGCGCAUCCAGUCAGUGCCACUGGUCAUUGGCCAGUUCCUGGAGGCCGUCGAUCAGAACACGGGUAUUGUGGGCUCCACCACCGGUUCCAAUUACUACGUGCGCAUCCUGUCCACCAUCGACCGGGAGCUGCUGAAGCCCUCCGCCUCCGUGGCCCUGCACAAGCACAGCAAUGCCCUGGUGGACGUGCUGCCGCCAGAGGCGGAUAGCUCCAUUUCGAUGUUGCAGCCGGAUGAGAAGCCCGAUGUUAGCUAUGCGGACAUUGGUGGCAUGGACAUGCAGAAGCAGGAGAUCCGUGAGGCAGUCGAACUGCCCCUGACCCACUUCGAGCUUUACAAGCAGAUCGGCAUUGAUCCGCCGCGCGGUGUGCUUAUGUACGGUCCGCCCGGAUGCGGCAAGACCAUGUUGGCCAAGGCGGUGGCCCACCACACAACGGCCUCGUUCAUACGCGUGGUCGGCUCGGAAUUCGUGCAGAAGUACCUCGGCGAGGGACCGCGCAUGGUCCGCGACGUGUUUAGGCUGGCCAAGGAGAAUGCACCGGCCAUCAUCUUCAUUGACGAGAUCGACGCCAUUGCUACGAAGCGUUUCGAUGCGCAGACGGGCGCCGAUCGUGAGGUGCAGCGCAUCCUGCUCGAGCUGCUGAACCAGAUGGACGGCUUCGAUCAGACCACCAACGUUAAGGUGAUCAUGGCCACCAACAGGGCUGACACACUGGAUCCCGCUCUGCUGCGACCUGGUCGAUUGGAUCGUAAGAUUGAGUUCCCGCUGCCCGAUCGCCGGCAAAAGCGACUCGUCUUCUCCACCAUCACCUCAAAGAUGAACCUCAGCGAGGACGUCGAUUUGGAGGAGUUUGUGGCGCGGCCGGACAAGAUCUCCGGCGCCGACAUCAACGCCAUUUGCCAGGAGGCGGGCAUGCACGCGGUGCGUGAGAAUCGCUACAUCGUUUUGGCCAAGGACUUCGAGAAGGGCUACAAGAACAACAUCAAGAAGGACGAGCAGGAGCAUGAGUUCUACAAAUAGAUUAAGCCACACACUUUUCCCGCCCAUUGUCCCCCCACACUAAACUCUCCUUUGUACGCCUAAAGUUAUACCAUUAAUAAAAACAACUCGUAUUCGAA